UCGUGUCUUUUGCUAUAUGGGGCUGCCCCAUGAUCCCAAGUUCAUCUUCCAAGCCAAAGUGGGCGGCCGCUGGUUCCCGGCCGUCACCGCGCACAGCAAGAAGCAGGGCAAGCAGGAGGCGGCUGACGCGGCGCUGCGGGUCCUGAUCGGAGAGACGGAGAAAUCCGAACACCUGGAAGGAAUGACGGUCACAGAGCUCCCCGUGAGCGGAAGCACCCUCCACGACCAGAUCGCCAUGCUCAGCCACCAACGUUUCAACACGCUCACGGCUCGCAUCCAGCACAGCCUGCUCGGGCGCAAGAUCCUGGCCGCCAUCAUCAUGCGGCGAGGGCAGGAAGGCCUAGGAGUCGUGGUCAGCAUCGGGACAGGAAACCGCUGUGUGAAAGGGGAGGAGCUGAGCCUGAAAGGGGAGACGGUGAACGACUGUCACGCAGAGAUUAUUUCCAGAAGGGGCUUCAUAAGGUUUCUAUACAGCGAGCUCAUGAAGUACGACCCCUCUGCCCCGGAAGACAGCAUUUUUGAGCCAGCAGAUGACGGCAGGCUGAAGAUCAAAGAUGACAUCACCUUCCACCUGUACAUCAGCACGGCACCUUGCGGGGACGGGGCGCUCUUUGACAAAUCCUGCAGCGACCAGGCAAACACGGUUGGAGAGGGUCCCCAUCAGCCACUGUUCGAAAACCCCAAGCAGGGGAAACUGCGCACCAAGGUGGAGAACGGAGAAGGCACCAUUCCCGUGGAAUCGAGUGACAUCGUGCCAACGUGGGACGGGAUCCAGCACGGUGAGCGCCUCCGCACCAUGUCCUGCAGCGACAAAAUCCUUCGCUGGAACGUCCUGGGCCUGCAGGGGGCGCUGCUGUCACAUUUCCUGCAGCCGGUCUAUCUCCGCUCUGUUACGUUGGGCUACUUGUACAGCCAAGGUCACCUGACACGCGCCAUCUGCUGCCGCAUGUCGAGAGACGGCAGCACGUUCCAGGCGGGGCUCCUGGAGCCGUAUUUUGUCAACCACCCAGAGGUACGUCCAGAUUCUCUUGCUCUGGGCACCCUCUUGCCCUUCCCCAAGCACGUUCCGUUGCCAUUUG